AUGUCCUCUCAGCUGCCCAACAUGCAGUCAUGUCCUCUCAGCUGUCCUCUCAGCUGUCCUCCCAGCUGUCCAACAUGCAGUCCUGUCCUCUCAGCUGUCCUCUCAGCUGUCCUCUCAGCUGUCCUCCCAGCUGUCCAACAUGCAGUCCUGUCCUCUCAGCUGUCCUCUCAGCUGUCCUCUCAGCUGUCCUCCCAGCUGCCCAACAUGCAGUCCUGUCCUCUCAGCUGCCCAACAUGCAGUCAUGUACUCUCAGCUGUCCAACAUGCAGUCAUGUCCUCUCAGCUGUCCAACAUGCAGUCAUGUCCUCUCAGCUGUCCAACAUGCAGUCAUGUCCUCCCAGCUGUCCUCUCAGCUGCCCAACAUGCAGUCAUGUCCUCCCAGCUGUCCUCUCAGCUGUCCUCCCAGCUGCCCAACAUGCAGUCAUGUCCUCUCAGCUGCCCAACAUGCAGUCAUGUCCUCUCAGCUGUCCAACAUGCAGUCAUGUCCUCUCAGCUGUCCUCUCAGCUGCCCAACAUGCAGUCAUGUCCUCUUAGCUGCCCAACAUGCAGUCAUGUCCUCUCAGCUGCCCAACAUGCAGUCAUGUCCUCUCAGCUGCCCAACAUGCAGUCCUGUCCUCUCAGCUGUCCUCUCAGCUGUCCUCUCAGCUGCCCAACAUGCAGUCAUGUCCUCUCAGCUGCCCAACAUGCAGUCCUGUCCUCUCAGCUGUCCUCUCAGCUGUCCAACAUGCAGUCAUGUCCUCUCAGCUGUCCUCUCAGCUGUCCUCCCAGCUGCCCAACAUGCAGUCAUGUCCUCUCAGCUGCCCAACAUGCAGUCAUGUCCUCUCAGCUGUCCUCCCAGCUGCCCAACAUGCAGUCAUGUCCUCCCAGCUGCCCAACAUGCAGUCAUGUCCUCUCAGCUGUCCUCCCAGCUGUCCUCUCAGCUGUCCAACAUGCAGUCAUGUCCUCUCAGCUGCCCAACAUGCAGUCAUGUCCUCUCAGCUGUCCUCUCAGCUGUCCUCUCAGCUGCCCAACAUGCAGUCAUGUCCUCUCAGCUGCCCAACAUGCAGUCCUGUCCUCUCAGCUGUCCUCUCAGCUGUCCAACAUGCAGUCAUGUCCUCUCAGCUGUCCUCCCAGCUGCCCAACAUGCAGUCAUGUCCUCUCAGCUGCCCAACAUGCAGUCAUGUCCUCUCAGCUGUCCUCCCAGCUGUCCUCCCAGCUGCCCAACAUGCAGUCAUGUCCUCCCAGCUGCCCAACAUGCAGUCAUGUCCUCUCAGCUGUCCUCCCAGCUGUCCUCUCAGCUGUCCAACAUGCAGUCAUGUCCUCUCAGCUGUCCUCUCAGCUGUCCUCCCAGCUGCCCAACAUGCAGUCAUGUCCUCUCAGCUGUCCUCUCAGCUGUCCUCUCAGCUGUCCUCUCAGCUGUCCUCUCAGCUGUCCUCUCAGCUGUCCUUGGCAUGUGUUGCAGUUCCACUGA